GCAGUAGAGGAAAGACACUGCAACACGUGUGCACCUCAUCAACAUUAAACCAACUUAAAAUAUUAUUGCGAUUAACAGCAGUGAAAGGCACACUAUGGGCCGCCUCGACGGGAAAGUGAUUGUGUUGUCAGCCGCCGCGCAGGGGAUUGGACGUGCUGCAGCAAUAGCAUUUGCAAAGGAGGGAGCUCAAGUCACAGCAACAGACAUCAACGGAGAGAAGCUGAAAGAGCUGGAUGGGAUUCCAGGGAUCAAGACCAAGAUCGUGGAUGUGACUAAGAGGGACCAAGUUGAAGCUCUGGCCAAAGAACAUGAUCAUGUGGAUGUGCUGUUCAACGUUGCUGGGUUUGUGCACCACGGCUCCAUCUUGAACUGUGAAGAGGCCGACUGGGACUUCACAAUGAACGUGAACGUCCGGAGCAUGUACCUCAUGUGCAAGGCUUUCCUGCCCAAGAUGUUGGCAAAGAAGUCAGGGAACAUUAUAAACAUGGCAUCUGUUGCAUCAAGCAUAAAAGGUGUUGUGAACCGGUGUGUCUACAGCACCUCCAAGGCUGCAGUGAUUGGGCUCACUAAAUCUAUAGCUGCCGAUUUCAUUGAGCAAGGCAUUCGCUGUAAUUGUGUUUGUCCUGGCACUGUUGAUACUCCAUCACUGAGGGGUAGGAUCCAGGCUCAACCUGAUCCAGAGCAGGCUUUUAAGGAUUUCAUGGCACGACAGAAAACUGGCAGAAUGUGCACAGCUGAAGAGGUGGCGUACCUGUGUGUAUACCUGGCCUCGGAUGAGUCUGCCUAUGUGACUGGAACAGAGCAAAUCAUUGAUGGAGGAUGGUCACUCUGAGAAAACUGUUGCAAGAAAGGAGUGGAGACUGCUAUUAAAAAAAAGUACACAAAAUCUGACUUUUUUGAUUUUGCUAUGUUUACUGAUUCUGUGGCAGAUAAUUCUCAACUCAAAUCUGUGCAAUGUCGUAAUGUCAAUAUGUUUACUGUAAUAAAUUGACUAUCACAGUUACAGUGUACAGGUGCUAUCACCUUAUAAUUAACACCUAACAUUUUACAAAGCAAUCUAUCAAUGCGAUUUAUAAUUAAGUAUGUUUUAAUAUCAAUUAAAAUGUCUUCAC